AUGAUGGCGGUAUUAAAUAUGUGGGGUUUUAUUCUGCUAACUCUCAGCUACUGGACCUGCGCAAAUGGAUGCACAUGGAUGAAGACGCAGAACAAAGCAUCUCUUAGCAGCUUCCAGGUUUUAAGCAACAGCUCGAUUGCUCAUCUUGAACAGGCGUGCAAAGAUUCCGUGCAUGCUCAUGGCAAACUCAGCAUGGACUUUCCACACAAGCUGUACAACCGCAUAUACCAACUAGAGGCAACGGAUCACAUUAUGUUCAUAAUGAGGACUCUAAAGAGCAUCAUGAGGAUCUACAGUGGGAAAUAUGAGAAGGUGGACUGCGACCAGAAUAAACUGCAGAUCUUCCUGCUUGAUGUGCAUCGGCAGAUUAUGGAGCUGGAGCGAUGUGCAAAAAACCUCGUCGCUACCGAAGUACAAAAGAAAAUAUCUAAAAAGAUGGAAAUGCACUUCAAAAGUCUGAUUUCUCACCUCAAAAACACGGAUUACAGUGCAGAGGGCUGGAAUGAGACUGCUGGAGUGGUGCUGAAGCACUUGAGAAGACUCGAUCUUCUGGCCACUAAAACUAAAACCGAUCUUCAUGAUUAA